AUGGCUCCUGCUGACUGGGAAGUCAAAGCUGAAAGAUGUCGAAAGAUUCUGACAGAUUCGAUGAAUCCAGAGUGGCUCUUGUCCCCUCAGGACCUCCCACCCCCAGAGCAACUCGAUGUCUCAACCUUUAUUGAUUCAUGCAAGCUGCUAACUCCUCGAGAGUUGGAAAUCACCAGGACCGAUGCCACCGACCUGGUCGCUCAGAUGGGAGCGGGCACCCUGACUGCCGUUGAAACCGUCACUGCGUUUCUCAAACGCGCUCACGUUGGCCACCAACUUACCAACUUUGCCACUGAAUUCCUGGUCAAAGAGUCCCUCGACGCUGCACAGAAGCUUGAUGAGCAUUUCAAGUCUACUGGAAAGCUCGUGGGGCCUUUGCAUGGUGUUCCCAUCUCUGUAAAGGAGCAUGUUGGGUUCAAAGGCCGCGUCUGCCAUACCGGAUACGUUGCUUGGACCGACAAGAUUGCCGAAGAGGAUGCAUUGAUCCUCCGAAUUCUGGGGAAAGCUGGUGCCGUCUUUCACGUCCGAACAAACGAGCCACAGAGCUUGAUGCACAUGGACUGCAGCAAUCCCAUCUAUGGCGCGACAUGCAACCCAUACAACCGCAAGCUCACAUCUGGCGGCUCAAGCGGUGGCGAGGGUGCUGCGCUGGGUCUCCGCUGCUCCGCCAUUGGCAUUGGAACUGACAUUGGAGGCUCUGUCAGAAUCCCGGCUGCUUUCUGCGGUGUCUAUGGUCUUCGCACCACUGCCCUCCGUAACCCGUACAAGGGCGUCAUCCUGGCUGGCGCUGGCAAUGAGAGCAUCCGCUGUAUCAUCGCGCCAUUGGCAAACAGCCUAGCGGAUAUCAAUCUCUUCCAGCAGGCCCUCCUCGACGCUGAGCCUUGGGAGGAAGAGACGUCACUGGUUCCGCUGGAGUGGAAGCCGACUCAUAUCCAACCUCAUGAGGUCACCAUUGGCAUCAUUUGGGAUGACGAAAUCAUGCGCCCCUACCCACCAGUUCUGCGCGCCUUGAAGUAUGCCGAGGCCAAACUAAAGGGAGCCGGUGUUAAGGUCGUCGACUGGGCUCCUCUCAACCACCAAGAGGGCUUCGACAUCCUUUCCGCCCUCUAUUUCCCUGAUGCAGCCAAGACGCAGAAAGAUAUCCUGGCGGAGGGAGGAGAGCCUAUCGAUUUCCUAACGACCUGGGCAUUCGGUCUUGCAAAACCUGAACCGCUAUCCCUGGCAGAGAACUGGGAAAUGAACGUGAGGCGAGAAAACUACAGGGAGGCUUAUCACAAGGCUAUGACGGACCGCGGCGUUGACUUCAUCCUGUGCCCUGCAUACAUGGGCCCUGCUUCAACGCUCGGGGGUGGACAGUAUUUCCACUACACUUCAAUCUGGAACGCUCUCGACCAGCCUGCCGCUGUAUUCCCGACGGGGUUGAAAUCUGAUCCCAAGAUUGACGUUGCCGAUACGGAGUAUAAGCCUCGUUCUGCAGCGGAGCAGCGAGAGUAUUCCAAGUAUGUCCCUGAAACAUUUGCUGGUGCUCCACUUUCCCUUCAAAUUGUUGGAAAGCAUUUCCGCGAUGAGAGAGUUGUUGCGGCCACGGACAUGGUCUCCAAGAUUGUUCAGGGAUGA